AUGAAGUUUAUCAGCACUGUUACAGCCGCGGCGUUGGCCGGUCUUUUACUACUGGUACCGGCCGCUUGUGGAAAUCGACACUAUAUUUGUGACCGUGGCGAUCCCAUAGACGAGGUAGUGGCUUUACGAACCAUGAAUAAUGCUUUUAUGAUAGAGCACUCUCAUGAACACCCAGCUAUUCCUACCGGGGAGCCACAAUGGUCAUUUUUUUUCACUAAAAGUUUGAAUGCACAUAGAUUAGGUAUAGCUUGCUACUUACUACAAGUAUAUGGGGAUCCUCCAAAUUACCAAUUAUUUCAAAGUUUCAAGAAGGAAUGGAGACUAUGUUCCCUGGAAGAUAAGAGUUAG